AUGUCAUUCUCCAACAUCUACACCCACCGCAAGGUCGCGGAAACUGCAGCCAAGGGCUGCGAUGUCUGCUAUCGUGCUACAAGCAGUGUCCUUGUCGCUCCUGAGAACAAGGACUUCUUCUACGUCUGCCCCAGCCAUUUGAAGGACAAGAACUUCUGUUCCCCCAUCAUCGACAAAGAGGCCAUCGAAGCGAAGAAGAAAAAGGCUCUCGAUGAUGAAGUUGAGCGUGUGAAGAAGGAAUACGAGGAGAAACAGAAAAAGAAGAAAAAGGAAGAGGAAGAGAAGGACAAGGAAAAAGAUAAAGACAAGGACAAGGGGAAGGGGAAGGACGAGGAAAAAACGGAUGGCGACAAAAAAGAAGACGAAGCUAAGGCAAGCUCUUCAACAUCCCGCCUGGGUGGUGCCAACACGCCAACUCCGGCCCCGGAAGACGAGCCUCGCGUGUUCGCUUUACACAAGUAG